UCGCCGAGCUCGGUUCCCAGAGGCUCACACGCCCCUCGCCCUCCUGGGCGCCCGACACCCACUGGCCCUCGGGGGUCCCGCCACCCCCUCCCCGGCUGACCCGGCCAGAGGGACCGCAGAGGAGAAGGUCAAGUCAGGGCUCGCACAGCCCCGGCGCACUCGGAGCCCGGGAGGGAGCGCAGACACCGCGCGCGCAGCAACAGCCGGGGUCGCCAAGUCGGGGCGCGCGGGGGGCUCGGCCGCGGUUCCAGCACCGCCUGCAGCGGCGCGUCCCAGCGUGGCGUCCCCGCUCCUAGCCCGCCUGGGGAGCCCCGGGGCCGGCCUGGGGAGCCGAGCGAGCCGGGAGCCCCGCGCCCCUAUGCGCCGCCGCGCCGCCGCGCCGCCCCAGCUAUGACCCUGAGCGCGGAGAUGUCCGAUGCCUCCGGCCUCGCCGAGGAGACAGACAUCGACGUGGUGGGGGAGGGCGAGGACGACGACGAGGAGGAGGACGAUGACGACGAGGGCGGCGGCGGCGGCGGCGGCGGGUCCCGGUUGCCCGGCUCGGCCCAGCGGCGGCGGCGCUCUUACGCCGGGGAGGACGAGCUGGAGGACCUGGAGGAGGAGGACGACGACGAGGAUCUGCUGCUGGCCUCGCGGCCCGCCGCGUCCCCCGCGCCCCCGGGCCCUGCGCCCGCCUCGGGGCCCGGCACGGGAGGCUGCAGCGGCCCGGGAACCGGAGGCAGCUCGGGGGGCGGCGCGGGAGGCGGCGGCGGCGGUGCCAAGAACCCGCUGGUGAAGCCACCGUACUCGUACAUCGCGCUCAUCACCAUGGCCAUCCUGCAGAGCCCCAAGAAGCGCCUGACGCUCAGCGAGAUCUGCGAGUUCAUCAGCGGCCGGUUCCCUUACUACCGGGAGAAGUUCCCCGCCUGGCAGAACAGCAUCCGCCACAACCUGUCGCUCAACGACUGCUUCGUCAAGAUCCCGCGCGAACCGGGCAACCCGGGCAAGGGCAACUACUGGACGCUCGACCCGGAGUCCGCGGACAUGUUCGACAACGGCAGCUUCCUGCGGCGCCGCAAGCGCUUCAAGCGCCAGCCGCUGCUCGCCCCCCACGCCGCGGCCGAGGCGCUGCUGCUGCGGGGCGCGGGGCCGGCGGGGGGCGCGGGAGACCCGGGCGCCGCGCUCUUCCCGCCGCCGCCGCCGCCCGCCUGCGGCUACGGAGCCUACGGCUGCGCCUACGGCCUGCAGCUGCCGCCCUGCGCGCCGCCCUCCGCGCUCUUCGCCGCCGCCGCGGCCGCCGCCGCCGCCUUCCACCCGCACUCGUCGCCGCCGCCCCCGCCGCCCCCGCCGCCCGGGGCGGCCGCCGAGCUGGCGCGGACCGCCUUCGGCUACCGGCCGCACGCGCUAGGCGCCGGCCUGCCCGGCCCGCUGCAGGCGGCUGCAGUCAAGGCGGGAGGCCCGGGCGCCGCGGGGCUGGCACGCUCGCCUUUCUCCAUCGAGAGCCUCAUUGGGCGCAGCCGGGGCCCCGCGGCCGCCGGUGUGCAAGCCUCGGCCGGGGCGGCUAGCGGGCCCGCGUCGGGAGCGGGGGGCGGAGGCUGCGCGGCGCAGGCGGCUGCCGGCCCGGCUGCCGCGCUCACCCGCUCGCUCGUGGUCGCCGCGGCGGCCGCCGCCUCGUCCGUGUCGUCGUCGGCCGCGCUGGGGACUCUGCACCAAGGGACGGCGCUGUCCAGUGUGGAGAACUUUACUGCUAGGAUUCCCAAUUGUUAGACACGCCGUUAGCGCGCGCGUGGGAAAGCGAAGGUAGGACCUCACCCCCCCCCCCCUCCCCGGCUCCUUUCUGCGGAUGGGGGGUUGGUUUUGUUCGCCCCUCCCGGCCCUCGGCGACCUCGCGCCCCUAGUUUCGGCGCUUCGGAUUCUUUGGACCGGACCGUGUUGGGCGACGGCUGGGGCGCCGCGCAGUUGGGCUCAGCGGGUCCCUCUAUUUAUGCAAAAUCGCCCUAUGCUGCAAUCCUGACUUGGGGUGGGAAGGAAGAGAGUGUGGGGGGAAGUCGCCCUGUUUUGGCACUAGGGGCUUCUUUGACUUUUGACAAAUUGAGAAAACAACCAACCAAAAACAUCAAAACUAAGCCUUUUUGAGGUAUAGAGAUUCUCAGGUCCAGGCGUUCAAACAAACAAACAAAUCAAUAAUGUUUAUAUGAAGCUCAUACAAAAUUAGUAAAGGUCUCCAAGAAAUGCCUUUAUUUGCUCACACUUGUUUGGUGUACUUUUUCAUGGAAAGGAAAAAAAAAUGAUUAACAUGUUUACACAAGAAACAAGUCAAAAUCUAUCAUUUCUUAUUUUAACCUGUGUUUUGUAUCAUAAUGGACAUGCGGAAUUUUUAUUUUGUACUUACAGCGUAUUCUUUACAAGGAGUAUUGUAAAUUUUACUGGCAAUUAUUAUUGUACUAUUCUAAUGUAAGAUUUUUACACUUUUUUCAGAAA